AUGAGCCUCGUGACGAACCCGCGGAGCAUCGUCAUUGAGAACGGCGAUCUUUUUGACGACUCCUCCGACGAAGAGGUCGGCGUGGAGGAGGGGCGCCUGCUUGCAGCCCUCCGUGAGAUCCGGGGCGUGAGCCUCCACGGGGUGGGCAACACACUGGAGGCGGCAGAGCGGGGGAGUUCGCAACGCCCCGCUGCGGCUGCACAACAACGGCGCCCUCGACAAGAGCAAGCGGAGGCGGAGGCGCCGCAAAAGCAAGCGCGACGGCCGAAGCCACGGCGGUUUGACCCAAAGGCUCUGGAACGCCUCAACGUGUCCACGGCGGCUUCCAGGGCAAGGUCGCAAAAGAAAUAUGUGGACCAGUUGAAGGAGAAAAAGGCGCAGAAGAAGCCUCACGCGCCACGGGCUGUGUCUCCCACCGCGACGAGGGCGGGGCUGCGCCUCUACGCGGCAGCGAUGGGGUGCAAGAAGCGCCGCGAGGACAGACAGGUGGAACAGGAGAGGCUGCAGAAGGAGUGUGAAGAAAAAAUGACGUUUCAACCACAGAUAUCCUUAUUUGCUAAGCAGCUUGGAAACGCGGGGUGUGCGCCGCUACUCGAGCGCCUUGAAUACACAAGAGAAAAAUUUGCCAAGAACGCGCUUCUUCGCGAGCGGGAACGUAUGGAUCGCGCCAUGGCUGGAUGCACGUUUCAUCCCACGCUAGCAGCCACCUCAAGAAAGAUGACGGCGAUGCGUCGAAAAAGUGAACCCUUCAAUGAUGCGGGGGAGCGUUUGUUCUUUGAAGGGGGCCGCCGCCUGAUAAGGCAACAGCUUCGCGAACGAAUUUUAGAAGAGGCAUUUGACAACGGCGUGAUUGGCGACUUUCAGAUUUCAAACGAUGCCGCGGAGGCGUUGGCCUUGCGAUUGUGGAACUGGCAAGAGAACGCGGACCGCCACCGGGAGGCCGCGCGGCGUGAGCACGUCCAGGGUGUAACAAGGCCCUCUCCGUCAAAGUUUCGCCGCGUGCCACAAACACAGCGGGGUCAACACCGCAGCUGCAACCACAUUCGUCAUUCUUCCGCGACGUCGAGUUCGCCGCCUGCGUCGGAGCACAAAGUGCCGCAGCAUUUGCCGGAGGAUGAACUCCGUGAAAUCCGCUGUCGUGCCCUUUUCAGUAAGUACGCUUCCUCGGAAAAUUCCGCCUCUGUUCACCUGGCCGAGGUAAAGAGACAGGUACGUGAACUGUUCCCGGAGGACUCCGGUAUUGUUGUGGCUUUGGCUGCGAGCUUUAGCGACGCCGAUGAGAUUAGCAAGACGGCUUUUGUAGAGAGUCUUAUGCGGUUUGAGCAGUUGAAUGGACCCCAGCCAUGGGGAAAUCCGAAGUGGGCCCAUGUCACGUCAGUCGCUGAUGAACCUCCGCUACUACUUUCAGCGUCCUCCUCGUUAGCUCCGCGUCGGGUGGAGGCUGCAGCCACGUUGCCUGGCAACCUGCAGCGGUCGAAUUCAGCGCAUGCAACUCCUUUGGCGAGGAAGCAGAAGGCAGGGAAGAAGGAUGAUGUGCCGUCGAGUUCAUCAUCCGACCGGCGGGCAUCAUCGCUGACGCUCGGCAGGCGCUCGUCAGGCGGAGCCUCUAAUGGUCUGCAGAGCUGUGGGCCGUGCCCCCGCCAACACGAACGACAUGUGACGCCGUCGACGGCGCUGCAGGAGGUUAGGCGGCGAACCGCUGAGCGAGCUGCUAGCGAACCGGGGCGCCGGUCCCCAGAGCGGCACGAGACCAUGCUGCGCCAAAGGCGGGAAGAGCUUCUGGCAAGACAGCGUAGCAUCCCACGCGAGGUGUCCAACGCGCACGAAGCGCAGGAACGGUCGUGGAGCCCGGGAAGUGUAGAGGUCUCGAGUAUCACAGAGGAGGGUGGAAGCACACCGAGCGCGAAGCGACCGGAGGAGAUUGUGGCUGAGUUGGAAGCAUUGAUUGCCACCCCUUCGAAGCGUUCUGCUACGGCUUCGCCGACACGACCGAGUAAGCGGCACGGUUCCGCUUCCCAUGGGGGCGAGGUUUCCUCCUUAUCCACUUCACUGAGAAGACGUGCACAGAACGUGUCUAUUCCUGGCAGCACACGCGGCGUGGAUUACUCAACGGCGAAGCAGCGCCACCUAACCCGUCAGAAGAUUCUAAAGGAAGUGGAACAAGUCCUUGGUGCAGGGACUGUUUUUGUGGCAAUAGACUAA